AUGGAACAAUUGCCGUAUGAAGUGGUACAGGAGUUUAAGAAGGGUAACUUCGUUGGAAAGUGGAAAGAGGGCGCUUUCAAUGAAGUAAACGCUGACCCCAGCCUCGAGUGGUUGAACGGCAUUGGUAAACGAGGAGGUGGAAUUGUUGGUAUAACUAAGACAUCUUCAGCCUUGAGCAGGUGCGUUAACGGUUUUAAUAAAUACAUUUUAUAUUCAGUUCCUUAUUUCAAGUGUCCAAAUAAUGCUAAAUCGGGCGCAAACAUGCAGCUUUAAUCAGCCAGUUACUUUUUUGGAUAACUGAUUAUUUGUGUAGUCCAAAACCGGUUUGAAAUCGAUACUCACGUGUGCACUAUUUAAUAAAGUGUCAAAAUACGGAACAAAUUGUAAAAUAUAUACAAUAAUACCUACAAUUAUAUAUUUACCAAAUGGUGUAAAAUUUAUUAUUUUGCUUCCAAGGUGGGCUCUGUCAUAUAAUUUGCGGUCGGAGAUUGCUGAGAAAACUCAUGAGAUGUUUGGCCUAUUCAAGAGGAUACGUGUUCGCACAACGAAUCUGCGCCUGCAAGGAUUGUUCGCGACAAUAAGGAUGAAGAAUCACUCAUUUCCGUCUUCGAGCAGCAUCAUGUGUUUUCACCAACAUCCCAUCCAGAAUGUCUUUUCAGCAUCGCUACGAAAGAUUUGGCCACCUUCGAGAUUCAGGAAUCACUGUUAGGCGCGAAUUAAGAUAUGGGACAGAAACAAGUUAAAGACUUUGUACCGCAAAGGUUGACUGAACCACUUCAACAGCAACCUAAUAACGAGCAAGGGGAUACCAAGGUUCAAUUUACGGAUACAAUGCAAAAGAACAAUGCUCUUACUUUCGGUUCGUUGUAUCAAGUCGCCAAAGGAAGAAAAGAGAAAGAAAAGAACACGAUUUUACAGGCUGACAGGAGUAAAACACUCCACAGCGUCUUAUCGUUGCUUACGGAGCUGGUUGAGAAGUAG